CUCUGCGCCGGGAAUCUGGGAAUCAUCUGGGAAUCCGGGAAUCCGGCCAGCAUGGCGGUGGAGGAGGAGGGGCUCCGGGUCUUCCAGAGCGUCAAAAUCAAAAUCGGAGAAGCCAAAAAUCUUCCUACAUAUCCAGGGCCAAACAAGAUGAGGGAUUGUUACUGUACCGUCAACCUGGACCAGGAGGAAGUUUUCAGGACCAAAAUAGUGGAGAAAUCUCUAUGCCCCUUUUAUGGAGAAGAUUUUUACUGUGAAAUUCCUCGGACUUUUCGUCACCUAUCUUUUUACAUUUUUGAUAGAGAUGUCUUCCGGAGGGAUUCCAUCAUCGGCAAAGUGGCCAUCCAGAAGGAAGACCUGCAGAAAUAUCACAACAGAGACACUUGGUUCCAGCUCCAGCACGUGGAUGCCGAUUCCGAAGUGCAGGGUAAGGUCCACCUGGAGCUCAGGCUGAGUGAAGUCAUAACGGACACUGGAGUCAUUUGCCAUAAACUCGCUACACGAGUUCUAGAAUGCCAAGGACUACCCAUCGUGAACGGACAGUGUGAUCCAUACGCUACAGUUACUUUGGCUGGUCCAUACAGGUCAGAAGCAAAGAAGACUAAAGUCAAAAAGAAGACCAACAACCCCCAUUUCGAUGAAGUGUUUUAUUUUGAGGUGACCAGACCCUGCAGCUACAACAAAAAAUCCCACUUCGACUUUGAAGAAGAGGAUGUUGACAAACUUGAGAUCAGGAUUGACCUUUGGAAUGCCAGUAACUUGAAGUUUGGAGAUGAGUUUCUGGGAGAACUAAGAAUUCCUCUGAAGGUUCUCCGACAGUCCAGUUCUUAUGAAGCAUGGUAUUUCCUGCAGCCGCGAGAUAACGGCAGCAAGUCGCUGAAACCAGAUGACCUCGGUUCCUUGAGGUUAAAUGUGGUUUACACAGAGGACCAUGUUUUUUCCUCCGACUAUUACAGCCCUCUCAGAGACCUCCUGUUAAAAUCCGCCGAUGUUGAGCCCGUCUCGGCCUCGGCUGCCCACGUCCUGGGCGAGGUUUGUCGCGAGAAGCACGAGGCGGCCAUCCCGCUGGUGCGGCUGUUCCUCCACUAUGGCAAGAUCGUGCCUUUCAUCAGCGCCAUCGCCAACGCGGAAGUGAGGAGGACCCAAGAUCCGAACACCAUCUUCAGAGGAAACUCACUAACGUCCAAGUGCAUCGAUGAGACGAUGAAACUUGCAGGCAUGCAUUACCUUCAAGUUACACUAAAGCCGAUAAUAGAUGAGAUCUGCCAAGUCCACAAGGCUUGCGAAAUUGAUCCUGUAAAGUUAAAAGAUGGGGAGAAUCUGGAAAACAACAUGGAAAAUCUGCGUCAGUACGUGGACCGCAUCUUCAACGUUAUUACCAAAUCUGGGGUAAGCUGCCCCACUGUGAUGUGUGACAUUUUCUUCUCCCUAAGAGAGUCUGCCGCCAAGCGCUUCCAAGGUGAUUUGGAUGUAAGAUAUACAGCCGUGAGCAGUUUUAUCUUCCUGAGGUUCUUUGCUCCCGCCAUCCUGUCUCCCAACCUCUUCCAGCUCGCCCCUCAUCAUACCGAUCCCCAGACUUCUCGGACUUUGACACUCAUCUCCAAGACCAUACAGACUCUGGGCAGCUUAGCCAAGUCCAAAUCGGCCAGUUUCAAGGAGUCUUACAUGGCCACGUUUUAUGACUUCUUCAAUGAGCAGAAAUAUGCCGACGCAGUGAAAAAUUUCCUAGAUCUGAUUUCCUCAUCUGGAAGAAGAGAUCACAAGAGUAUAGAGCAGCCUAUAUUGCUUAAAGAAGGGUUCAUGAUAAAGAGGGCGCAAGGAAGAAAACGCUUUGGCAUGAAAAACUUCAAGAAAAGGUGGUUUCGUCUGACAAACCAUGAAUUUACCUAUCAGAAAAGCAAAGGUAACAAGAAAGGAGACCAGCCCCUCUACAGCAUUCCUAUCGAGAACAUCCUGGCGGUGGAGAAACUGGAGGAAGAGUCGUUCAAAAUGAAAAAUAUGUUCCAGGUGAUUCAGCCCGAGAGGGCCCUGUACAUCCAGGCCAACAACUGCGUGGAGGCCAAGGACUGGAUCGACAUCCUCACCAAGGUCAGCCAGUGCAACAAGAAGCGGCUCACGGUCUACCACCCCUCGGCCUACCUCAACGGACACUGGCUCUGCUGCAAAGCCACUUCGGACACCACGCCAGGCUGCACCCCUUGCACAGGAGGGCUCCCGGCGAACAUACAGCUCGAUAUAGACGGCGACCGUGAGACAGAGAGAAUCUACUCCCUCUUCAACACAUACAUGACGAAACUGGAGAAAAUGCAAGAGGCUUGCGGCAGCAAGUCUGUCUACGACGGCCCUGAGCAGGAGGAAUAUUCCACGUUUCUCAUCGACGACCCCCAGGAGACGUACAAAACACUAAAGCAGAUCAUUGCCAGCGUGGGAACUUUAGAACAAGAGCACGCCCAGUACAAAAGGGAUAAAUUCAAGAAGACAAAAUACGGAAGCCAGGAGCACCCCAUCGGCGAUAAGAGUUUCCAGAGCUACAUCAGGCAGCAAUCGGAGAUCUCCGCUCAUUCCAUCUGACAUCCGAGGGCCA